UCCUAACGAUUACAAAGAAGCAAGCACACCACGCGUGUUGUAUUUUCGGCACGCUGCACUGCAAUCAUGUAAGUUUGCCGAAUUAUGUACAAAAUAUCCGUUUUAUACUAAUCGAGAAUCCCGUGCAAAUCGUUUUGAGCUGCGAGCUCGCGACAUUUUGAGACGUCACCUCGUAAUUUGAAGGAAAAUUAUCGUUUUAACUCCGCCAAGGGGCCGCCAUGAAGAUCAAGCGACAGAAACAAGCCAAGAAAACGUUAUCAUUUUACAAAUAUAAUUUCAAUUUUCGGGAACCACAUCAAAUUCUCAUUGACGGAACCUUUUGUCAAGCGGCGUUGAAGAACAAGAUUCAAAUCAAGGAGCAAAUGCCCAAGUAUCUAAUGGGGGAAGUACAGCUUUGCACCACUAACUGCGCUUUGAAAGAACUGGAAACUCUGGGGAAAGAGCUUUAUGGUGCUAAACUCAUUCUACAAAGGUAUCAAGUGAGGAAAUGUCAGCAUUUCAAGAACCCAGUUCCUGCCUCUGAGUGUCUGCUUUCAAUGCUGGAGGACAAAAACCCACAUCACUACUUUGUUGCCACACAGGACUUUACGUUGACAACAGGACUGAAAAAAAUCCCCGGAGUGCCCCUGCUUUACAUCGUCCUCAACACGAUAGUGCUGGACAAACCAAGCCAGCCGUCGCUCGACCACGUCCAGGCCGUCCAGCUGGGCCAACUGGUGAGCCCGGCGCAGCAGCAGAGCCUUCACAGCCUGAAAGAGGAGCAGGGCAUUUCUCAGAAGGACGGCGAGAGACGUGGGAAGAAGAGAAAGAGGAAACAGCACAACCCAAACCCUCUGAGCUGUCUCAAAAAGAAGAAGAAAAGCGGGCCGACACCGCCGCGUAAAAUUAGCCAGGAAGGGAAGAAGAGGACUCGGAGCAGACACAAGAAACGUAGGACACAAGGAGAACAUGAUGGAUCUGCGGCUUUGAUUCAAAACCCAUAAAAUGAACACCAGCGAAUGUUUUCAUUUUUGAUUAAUUUUUAGUAAAUGAUGUGAACUUGAUCAUGGUAGAUGGAUCCCAUCAGUGAUUUAUUUACACUGCAGCAUCACUUCAAUGUUAAAUUUACUGCUGCAUUUACAUACUAGUGCACCUGAAACUUCCUAUUUUUUUAAUAUUGAUAUUUUACAAUCAAUAGCCUACAUGAAAAGCAUUGCAUCCUUCUGAUAAGGACUACAUAGUGUGUGACUGCUGUUACUAAUUUUGAACUAUCUAUGGAAAUUCAACAAAAGCUGCAUCCUUACUAGAGUGUACUAUUGUCACAGGUAGUAACUAGUAUGAAAUACAAAUAGUCACACAAAAAUAAACAAUUAUUAAAACACCAUGAAUGUGUCAUAGGCCAUUGUUAUUUAAGUACUCGAUGCAAGACACUAAAGAAACGGUUUCCCUAAAUGUUCAAAUCUGUAAAAGCCAGAAUUGACGUUACAUAGCAGAUGCUUACCGUAAUAAGUACACAAAUAAGUCCUCUGGCGCCCCCCAGGGGAGGUACUUUGAAAACAAUCGAUUAUUAAUGUACUAUAUGAAAUAAUCUGAGUGAGUUCUGGGCCUGCCAUGCGCAAUACUGUAUUGCAUGUGUUUGAAAUGUUCUGCUAAGAUUGCAAUGGAAAGUAUUCAACGUUCAACGCAAUAAUACUAAAAUUACAUUUA